AAAUGCCACCACGAAUCAGCCCUCUUAAGGAUGCCAUGCAUCAUGUUGUCACGAAGUCUGACAAAACUAAAUUAGAGGUGAACUACAUCAAUGCGGUGAAAGGACGUGGAUUAUUUGCAAAAGGUUCCUUUUGCAAAGGAGAUUUUAUUGUGGAGUACAGGGGUGAGUUGAUCAAUUAUGCAGAGCUGGAGAGGAGAAGAAAACUCUACCACCCAUCCUGUGCUGUUUUUAUGUUCGAGUUUAAGUGGAGAGGGAAAACAUGGUGCAUUGAUGCAUCUAGGGAAGAUGGAUCGUUUGGGCGGUUAGUUAACGAUGACCACCAACAUCCAAAUUGUAAGAUGAAGAAAAUCGAUGUGAAUGGAAAGGCACACCUGUGUUUAUUUGCGCUGAAAGACAUUAAAGAAGGAGAAGAAAUCACAUAUGAUUAUGGGGGAGACGACUGCCCAUGGAGAACCCAAGAGAGCAGCAUUGCUGCUAAUAGCAGAGCAGCAGGUGACUCUGAUGCUUCUCUCCAGUCACAGACUCCAGUGGAUGAUGCUUCUCUCCAGUCACAGACUCCAGUGGAUGAUGCUUCUCUCCAGUCACAGACUCCAGUGGAUGAUGCUUCUCUCCAGUCACAGACUCCAAUGGAUGAUUCUUCUCUCCAGUCACAGACUCCAAUGGAUGAUGCUUUUGGUCAAACCAGGUCUCCUCAACAGAUUGCAACCCAGAACCACAGUGAAAAUGAGAUUUUUGUGCCAAAACUGAGACGGACUAAAAGUGUCAUAAUGAAAGAUACAAAUCUUGAAGAUUCUGAUGAGCUCUUUGAUUCUACACCAGAGAGUUCCGAUGAUUAUGUUCCAGAUACCACUUCUGAAAGUGACAGUGAUGUUAGCCUUACACUAAACCAGGCAAAACGUCGGCUUCUUGAUGAACUGGAUAUUGAUCAGUCUGGCUCAGUGAGUUGCCCUGAUUGUGACACCACAACGUCAGACAAAAUGCACAAUGUUGCGUCUGAAGCAUCUGGAACAGGAGAAGAACCCAGUUCAAGUCAGAACACAACAGACGGAAUAGUUGUUAGUGCAUACCAAAAAAGAGAUGGUGCUAGAGUGUACAACAAGAGACAUUACUGCUUGUACUGCAGUAAACCCUAUGCUAAGAUGGCAAGGCAUCUAGAAAGUUCACAUGAAAAUAAGUCUGAUGUGGCUAGAGCUCUAAGCUUUCCAAAGGGUUCAAAGGAGAGGAAAAACCAGCUUGAUUAUAUUCGCAACAGAGGAAACUAUGCUCACAAUGCAGCUGUUAUGGAGUCAGGAAAGGGGGAACUAGUGCCAUUUAAACGACCACGUAAAGAAGUGCAGGGAGAAGAUUGCAUGCAUUGUGCAUACUGUCAAGGACUUUUUACAAGAAAGGUCCUGUGGAGACACAUGCGUACUUGUAGACUUCAACCACAAUCAGACCCUCCCAAACCAGGAAAAAACCGUGUUCAGUCCAUGUGUACCUACACAGGGCCUGUGCCUUCAAACAUGACCAAACAACUGUGGGGAGUAAUCAGUGCCAUGAAUCCUGACCCAAUCACAGAUAUAAUAAAAAAUGACAGAGUAAUUACUGAUAUUGGGCAGCACUUGUUGAACAAAGGUGGGCUAUCAGAUAAGAAUAAACAAUGUGUGCGGGAGAAGAUGCGAGAACUGGGAAGAUUGAUUCACAAUGCCAGGAAAGUCACCUCCUUAAAAACACUGGAAGAUUGUGUAAAUCCAAAGAAGUACAUGGAGACCGUCAAAGCUGUUAAGUAUACAUGUGGGUAUGACAGUGAAACCGACAAAUUCUUGAUUCCAUCUCUUGCUAACAAGCUUGGGAAUUCCCUGGUUAAAGUAUGCAAACUCUUGAAAGCUCAGGGCUUAAUCUCCAAUGACAAACAGCUUGUGAAGAAUGCCAGUGAGUUUCAAGAAGUCCAUGCGAAUAAGUGGAACGAGAUGAUUUCUGCUACAGCAUUGAGGAAUAUCAGGGAAGCAAAGUGGAAUGUGCCCACGCUCAUGCCCUUUACUGAAGAUGUACAAAACUGCAUACUUUUCUCAGUCAAGUGCAAGAUGAGUGGUUCAACCUGCUCUCUGAAAGUCCAUCUACUAAAGCCUGGAUGGAGCUGGCCAAGGUGUGUCUAGCUCAGAUGAUUCUCUUUAAUCGGCGGAGAGAAGGAGAGGUGGCGAGCAUGCCUUUGUCUGUGUUUUUAUCAAGAGACACUUCUGAUCCACAUGAGGAUGUGGACUGGGCUCUCUCCGAAGUGGAGAAGAAACUCUGCAGACACUUCACAAGGGUUAUCACCAGGGGAAAGCGUGGUCGGCCAGUUCCAGUCCUUCUGACUCCAAAAAUGCUGUGUUCCUUAGAACUCCUUGUUAAGCAGAGAGAGGCGUGUGGGGUUUUAAAAGACAAUGCCUAUAUGUUUGCUAGACCAGAAGCCAUGACACAUUUCCGAGGGUCAGACUGCCUCCGUGGCUUUGCAAAGGCUUGUGGUGCAAAGUGUCCCAAGGCACUGACAUCUACCAGGCUGCGUAAGCAUGCCGCGACCCUUUCAACAGUGCUGAACAUGACCGACACCGAGAUGGACCAGCUGGCAAACUUUCUCGGGCACGACAUCAGAAUCCAUCGUGAGUUCUAUCGACUCCCUGAGAAGACCCUGCAACUAGCCAAGAUCAGCAAAGUUUUAAUGGCUCUUGAGCAAGGAAGAUUAGCUGAGUUCCAUGGCAAGAACUUGGAUGAAAUUGGGAUAGAUCCUGAUG